AAGAUGAAAACAUGCUCCACCCGCCUUUUCCCAGCCAGCCGUACCCUCUGUCUUCCAGCCCAGUCUUGGCAAAUGAAACUCCCUGAUUUCUGGUGGUGCUUGGCUUGAAGUAUAAAAGACUUGGAGGUUUCCUUUUCAGAGACCUUACUUUACUUACAACACUGCAGUGUUCCUGGCUUUGCAAAUAAGUGACUCCUGACUGGGAAUGUUUCUCCUGCAAAUUCUUCUCCAGUCUUGGGCUCUCUCUCACUGGGCAUAUGGUGAAGAAACUCAUACCUUCAUCAUGACAUUGACCGCCAACUUUUCAAAAGGCAACCCUGCGAAAUUUGUAGGCAAUGCAACCUUAGAUGGGACACUGACCCAUAGCUUGGAGGGUCAUACUGAACAACUGAAUGUGAGCCAGCUGUUACCAUUAGAGGCAGCCAACCUGUGGGAACAGACAGAAAGCAAACUUCACAAAUACCUGCAGAGCUUCCAGGGAAUGGUUAUGAUACUCUCAAAGGAAAAGAUCCUAUCCUAUCCCAUAUCCAUAUAUUGCACAAAGGGGUGCGAAGUGUCUGAAAAUGGCACCAGAAGCUUCUACAAGGUUUUGCUGAAUGGGAGUGAUUUCCUGAAAUUUCACACAAAGAGUAAUAACUGGGAAGGUUUAGCUAACACUUUGGUGGCCAAUUAUACCAGUACGAAGCUGAAUCAAUUCCAAGAGACAACUACCAAUCUACAGUUCUUCCUACAAGAAACAUGUGUCAACUUUGUAAGGAUGCAUACUAACAACAAAGAAGCCAUAACUGGGCAACGUGAAGGACCUUCACAUACUCCGCUGGUGAUAGGCAUCAGUAUUGGUGCUCUUGCUCUAAUGGGAUUAGCUGUUUGCCUCUUCUUGUGCACAGGUGGGAAGAGAUAGCAGCAUUGACGCACAAAUGAACUAUCAGCUUUCUUCGUUUGUCAAUGGAGCUGAUUGGAAGAGCAACAUGCAGGACUCGUGUGUGUAUGGGGAAACAGACCGCCACAAUGAAAAAUAUACGCAUCUUGUAUCUAUCUGAACAAAUUAUUGCCUUUUCUCUUUUAAAGAAACUUCAGCUGGUGUAGGUGGUUUUGGACAAGGAGGCCCAGGCUCAAGUUCCCAUCUAACCACCAUCAUUCAUCACUUUGAGUCAAUCACUUUCAAUCCAACUCAACCCAAUAUGCCAGUUUUCAUACGGCAUUGUAUUUUAUCAUGCUGAGAGCACCAGGUCAGACAUGAGGAGACUUAAGUUCUAGAUCUGCCUUAGACAUGAAAGCUGGCUGGGUGCCUCUGGGCAGUCACUCUUUCUCAGCCACAAUAUUGAGCUUGGGUGACAAGCCUGUCAUAAUCAAUGCAUCAACCCUUGGUUGAUCUAGAAAAAAGCAAAUGUUCUUUUGUAGGAAAUUUUGUUGUGUAGGAAAGCAGUAUUUUUUUUCAUGCUGUGUCAGUAUAUACCUGUUUAUUUUCAUAUUGUGCUGGUUUUUUAUUGUGACCAUGUUGUAUUUUAUUAUGUUCUGUCAACAAUAUUUUAAUUUGCACUGUACUAUACUCCAUUUUUGGGAGUUAUUUAACAAUCGGAUUUGCAUGUUCUUUUAUUCCUUUAUCCAUCAGGCAAAUACAGUAUAAAAAUCUAGAAUGCCACAAUUUCUUUUUGUUUCUAUGUUCAUCUUUGAAGGAUCCUGAUACAAUUAUAGUUGUAUGAAAAAUUUUAGGCAUCCCUGAUCAGAUCACAUUAGAGUUUUAACAAAGGAAAUAAAGGUAAUAUGAUACACUUCAGUUGAUUUUGGGUGGCUCUUUCUAUACUUUACUCCAUUCCUGUAGUUCCAAAGACAAUUUAUGAUCCAGUGAUGUGAGAAAUCUUAUAAGACUGUGGAACUUUAAGAUCAUUCAGAAUUAGCAACUGUAUGCUUUAAAUUUAAUUGGGUCAAGAUAGAAAUGCUUCUCUCAAGAGAUUUUCAUAGAAUGUCUUCAGAAUUUUACUAGAAAUUAAAAUGCCACUAUUUUUUUCUCGGUCCUUAGGAUUACAGUGCUUACCAAAAAACCGUAAGAUAAUUCCAUGCAUUUUCUCCUCAUAACACUGAGCAGGCGGCCAACAACUGUGAAACUAUUCCCUGUUCAUCACUUCUAAGUGCUCUAAAGAUCCUCCAAAAAUGCUCAGGUAAUUAAGGAUCUUAUUAGUUGUUCCACAGAAUUUAGACCUGGGGCUUUCAGUUAUGAGCUGGCAUAAUCAUAUAUUUAAAUAUAGUUAUAUUAAAAAAACAUUUUACCUGUCUUUAAGUUCCCUUUCAUUUGUAGAACUUACAGUUCUUAAAACAGAAGAAAGAAUGGCAAAAUUGGCUGGAUGUUUUUUAUAAAGUUAUUCCAAACUAUG